UAAUGCACAAUAGAUCCAUUGUCGUUCUAAUUGUGAAUGAUACAUUGUUGCAGUUUAUAAGUGCCAUAAAACCACAUGGCAGGUGUUCAUUAGUUUCUUUUUAAUAAUAUGCCUUUUUAGUCCGUUCAUAGCCUUGUUUUAUCGUUCAUAAUUAGACUGGGAUUAUUAUUUUCUUUUAGAAAGCCUACCAUAGCCGGUUAUAGUUAGAAUAGAUAGACACCUCAUUUAAAUAUGAGUCAUUUUUGACAAUCAUAAAUUAGUUUAUAUGUUACCAUAAUAAACGUUUGCAUUGUAAUUUAUUUAUUUAUUUAUAUGCUAAUUAGCUAUAUUGAUUAGAGUUAUAUUAUCAAUAUUUCAAAGCAUUUAGUCAAGAUAUUUAAACAUAGAGGGAGGUGUAAAAUAUCAUCCUCCCGGCGUGAUGGAGACACAAAGGACAGGUGACCCGCCGGGCCCCUCAGUGGUGAUGGAGGCCCCUGAGGGCCCCGGUAAGGUCAAACGCAGCAGCUCUGGUGUGAAGAAACAUCAUCACAAACACAACCUGAAGCAUCGCUACGAGCUGCUGGAGACCCUGGGGAGAGGAACCUAUGGCAAAGUCAAGAAGGCCAUCGAGCGCCAUUCUGGAAGAGAGGUUGCCAUCAAGUCUAUCAGGAAAGAGAAGAUUAAAGAUGAACAGGACAUGGUUCACAUUCGACGAGAAAUCGAGAUCAUGUCGUCUCUUCGCCACCCACAUAUCAUCUCUAUAUAUGAAGUGUUUGAAAAUAAGGACAAGAUAGUGAUUGUCAUGGAAUACGCCAGUAAAGGUGAACUCUAUGACUACAUCAGCGAACGCAGACGCCUGACUGAGAGAGAAACCCGACACUUCUUCAGGCAGAUCGUCUCUGCUGUGCACUACUGCCAUAAGAAUGGUGUUGUUCACCGGGACCUGAAACUGGAAAAUGUGCUACUGGAUGAAAACUGUAACAUAAAGAUUGCUGAUUUUGGGUUGUCUAACCUGUAUCAUAAAGACAAGCUCCUCCAGACCUUUUGUGGUAGUCCACUGUACGCAUCCCCAGAGAUCGUCAAUGGCAGACCAUACCAUGGUCCAGAGGUGGACAGCUGGGCUCUGGGAGUGCUGCUGUAUACGCUGGUCUAUGGCAGCAUGCCAUUCGAUGGAGGGGACCACAAAAAUCUCAUUUGGCAAAUCAGCAACGGAGAGUAUCGAGAACCAUCCCAGUCAUCAGAUGCCCGUGGUCUUAUCCGCUGGAUGCUGAUGGUCAACCCUGAGCGGCGGGCCACAGUGGAAGACAUCGCCAAUCACUGGUGGGUAAACUGGGGAUGGAAAACCAGUGUGUGUGACUGUGAAUCGCAAAGGGAUUCUGGCUCACCCAUGCUGGCUCGUCUCAUUGACUGGCAGAACCGGACCGAACCUCGACCCACUAAAGCCAUCCGGUCCGAGCCAUUCCCACUUGUCCGUCAACGGCCCAAAAAGUCUAAGAAAGAGAAUGAUGACUGUGUGUCUCACUGUAAUGGAGAGGACAGUCUGGGCCUCAAGAGACCAAAGGGCAUCCUAAAGACAAGAACCUUUGAAGAGCAACGCUCUCCAAGUUUGGAAGAAAUAGAAUCCAGUGUGGGAACCCCAGAGAAGGAAUCUGGGCCUGAAGGUGAAGAGGGUGAGGAGGAGCAGGGGCUAACAGGCAACUCUCCUACCAAAGCGGUCUCUAUCCUUCCGAAGAAGGGAAUCCUAAAAAACAACCAACAACGGGAAUCAGGGUACUAUUCUUCUCCAGAGCGCAGCGAGUCCUCUGACCUUCUAGGUGGCAACAUUACACCUCUUGCCGCCAGCUCACCACCAAAGCGAGCGGUUGGUAGGAAGGGCAUUUUGAAGCGCAACGGGAAGUAUUCUACAUACAGUGGCGCUCCUCCUUUGAGUGUCCUUGGAGAACCAGCACCUGGCGAUUCUGGUUUAUCCCGCAGUCAGAGUCGCCCAUCUAGUAUUGUAAGGGAGGAUAGCAACACCAUCACCAACAGUUCCUUCAGUGGCACUGACUGGCCCCCACCCGGUGCCCGCCCCAACAUCAGAGGCUGCGUGUCUGCAGAAAACCUUCUCCAGCUGUCCAACUUCAAAGGUCUUCAGGCAGCUCCUUCCCUACAUAGUGGGAAAUUCAGCCGAGGAACGCAGGGCUCUCCGGGGGAUAACAGCAGCUUCUCUCUACUAGGAGAUCUUGAUGAUAUGACUCAGGUGUACCAACAAGCCUUGGACAUCAGCAACAACCUGUCAUAGGGAUGGGGGCCAGUUGAGAGGGGCCUAGAAAGAAAGAAGGUGGAGCAAGUGGAAGAUGUUUGUUUGGAAUGUUGUUGACGACCAGUGCAAAACUGGGAUUCUAUGAAUGUGAGUCCUUUUUUAAUGGGGAGAUAUUGGAAGUUGUACACAACCAAACCUUAACCUUAACUCCUAACCCUUAACCCUAAUCCUACCCUAUCCUACUUGACCUUUACCCAACCCAAUCUUAUACACAGUUCAAAUUUGUAUCCAAUACAACUUGGGGAACUACAGCCUAGGGGGAUUUAAGGGUUUGAAGUAAGUCGAAUUUAAGUUGGUACUCUGGGACAUUAUCCCCCUACAGGCAAGGAAUGAUAUUAAAUGUUUACAUAUUAAGGAUAAGGUGAGUUAUCAUCGCAGUAUGGCAUCAUGUAACAGCAGCCUUGAGCCAACCUGAGUUUAUCAAGCACCUUAAAACUCUCACAGAGCACAUGUCGUUUGUGAUUUUUACUUCCAAAAAAAAAAAAGAAACCAGGGUCUUGCUCCAAAUUAACUGUUGUUGUGUAUUAUUUAUUAAUAUAAAUAUAUAUUUUUUUUUUUUUUUUUUAGAUUUAGUGAUACAAAACUGGUGUGGUCUGGCAGUACUGGAAGAAUAAGAAACUGAAAUCUCUCAUUGUCCUUGAUUGGAGCUGACAUAUAUAAUUGUUAUUUUUCUUUCUUGGUUAUUGUAAUAUGACAUUUAAACUGCAUAUGUAAUGAUCAAACUCGUAUUGAUCAUAUGAGUUGAAGCAUAUAUAUGGAUUUAUAGAAGUGCCUUUUUGUUUCUUUGUUUUUAUUUAUUUUUUUAAUUCAUAUUAAAUUAUGUAUGUCAUUUCCUUAAGGUGGAGAGAGAUCCCAGAGGAAGCUGUCAUCAGACGAAAAGCAUAUUAUUAUUUUUAUUUUAUUAUUUAAUUUUAUUUUUUAGUUUGUAUCGAAUGCUUAGAAGAGCCCCAGGACCUCUGAGCACAAAGCCUACCCUAAAGAACUACCUGACUUCAAGGUUAAAUUUGCCCCACUUCUGCCGAGAGGCUAGUGCUUUACAGUGCAUUAUUCAAGAAGAAGAAUAGUCAGUCCAUGAACACCUUGAAAGGGAAUUUAUUUUCAGAACUCGCUGGGUAAUUCAAUGUUCCAGCAUGCUGGAUUGGUUGUUUCUGAUUGAGUCCUGACAGGAACAUGUGUGCAUGCACCAUGUGUUUCUCUAGAAUGGUACUCUUGUGGUUUUUUGAUUGGGUUAGCUGACUGUUUAGAGUUCUGGACACCUUCACCUUAACAAGGUUUAACUCAAGGUAGAAAUGUCAGACACAAUCUCAGCUCCAAAGAAUGUUCAGGCCGAGACAAGCUUGUUUGACUGUUUCCAAAGGUUUUGCACUGUAGGAACAUUGUCUCUUCUGAUAUUUAUGUGUUGAUUCUUAGGAAUUAUAAUUGCUUAGCUUUAAGAAUAAUGGAUUUUUGGUUCUCUGUUGAACUUUGAUGGCCAAAACGCUCCCGUUAGAGCUAAAAAAUAGACCAAUUAGUUUCAAAGCCAAAUUCCAAAGGCAUGUUUGGACUAGAUCUUGUGAGCUUCCUGUGUCAUAGGUUUAAUGGGACAGAAGCUUUAUUGUUUUAGAAUCUUUAGUCCUUUGUUUGUUGUCUACCUGCAGAAUUUCAAGUGCAAUUUUUAGUUUUAAGGCUGUUGUCUAAAUGUUUUUAGAAGGUAAGUGUGAAGUAGCUGUAGUAGAAAGAGAGGUGUUUACCAAGGUAUGUUCAUGAAAGCAUUUGGAUGGAAGACACUUUUCCAGUAAGAGGGACACUGGAAAGGAUGAUGUAGCUUUUUAUUUUGCUGCAUGUGAAGAAAGACUAGUGCAAGUGUAGAAAUAGUGAGAUGAAGAAAGUAGUUGAAAGGAUAAGGCAAGUAUUUUGUACCAAAGAAUGAGCUUAUGAGUUGGCAAUUAGCGAUAAUAGAAAAAUUCAUUCUGCGCCUAAAAUUUCAACAGAAACAGGUCAUGGGAGGCAUUUUGUUCAAAGGUGGUCCUGGGUAGAUAUUAUAGACACACCUAAUGUGUAUCGUAUCGUACUGCAUUUCUGUAUUGCAUUGUAUUGUCAACUGGAUUCAGUGAUCAAAUUAUACUAUGUUAGUAUUUUUAUGUUAUUGUGCUUCUGUUUUUGAUUCUCCAAAAUAUUAUUGAUUUACCUUACAGAAGAACGUUGUGUGUGUAUAAUCAACGAUCUUUCCUGGUCUUUACAGGUUUUCAGUGCAGACAUGCAGUGCUAAUGCUAAUGUCUAGCAUUUGCAUAAACAGACGAUCAAUCACAACUACUGCAGUUUCAUCAGGGUCAUUUGAUGUGUGUUAGAAAUCUCAAAAGCCGCCUCACAGAUCUGACCCAAUAUUUGGUGUCACGACAUUCACUAUCAACCUUAUUUGUCUUAAUACUUUAAGACGAAGUUGAGCAUCCACCCAAAUGUGCCAUUGCUAACCAUAGUGCCAUGGUAAUUGAGAUUAACAGAGGCGGCUAUCGCGAAUCAAAUUCAAACAUGCUUUCAGCCAAACUGGAAAUACCUGGUGCAUAUUAGUCAGAAUUCAGCAUAGAGGAAAACUUGACUGGAUAUUGUUUAUUGACAGUACUGAUAUGGUAGUAUUAUUAUGUUAUUUAUGCAUUAUUUUAUUCUAAUUAAUUACUUUUGUUGGUCAAUGCCAUAAUCUUUUUUGGGGGUUUGGUAUCAGUUUGAGAAACAAGGACUGCCAAGGUAUUUUUUGUUCAGUGCCUUUGCUAUCUUUUAUGAUUUCUGUUUAAUUUUUUGAUAAUAAAAUUAUUACAAUUGCAUUUUUAUAUUCUAUUUAUUAGUGAAGCCAUUUCAUUUAACAGCACUCAUACAAAGUGUGCAAACAAACACUGAAAGACAACUGGAAGAGCAAAAUAACAGAGAGACGGUACAUUGCGGUCAUGUGGUUGUGUUGUAAAGCUUUGGUUGUGUAUUCAGCUGCUUUGGUUGUUGUUGAGUGGAGAUAUCUCGCUAACCAGCAGUGUUUUGUACCACAAAACCAAAUCUGUGUAAAACCAACUCAAUAAACGAAUCAUUUCAAAGGUA